CACCCACUUUACUUAAACCACACCUACAACAAGAUGGCUUCUCUCAAUGUCUUUAUAAAGAGAUGGAGUCUCUCUUUAUUGGGUCCUUGUUCUUGUUAUUUAGCGCAGGACAGGCUCAUCAAAUACUCCUAUCCUUUACUGUUAAGGUAUUAUGGAAAGAGUAAAAAACUACGAGUGGAGUAUUCUGAGGAGGAGAGUGAGAUAUUGCAGUUGGAACAAGUGAAGGAGAAUAUGGUGAAGGUUGUUGAUAGGUUGAAGUGGCAGUACACGACUUAUUUGAACACAAGACUAACACCAGGUAUGGUUGGUAGCUUAUCCAUAGCUUAUAAAGGGAAUAAGCUGCUAGUCAGUGAGAUGGUUCAGAUAUCAAGUCCAAAUGCUCAAACCAUUUUACUUCACUUUCCACCAGAAGAGGAAAAAGCUUGUAUAUCAGCUACUGUGAAGGAGAUUAUGACUAAAUUUAAGAAUAACAAUGUGAAUGUUGAUAGAUCAAUAGUCAGUAUUAAUGUACCUAGGCCCAGUAAAGAGUUAAGAGAUAAGCUGACUAAAGAGGCUAAAGGUUAUGCUGAUAAAGCAAAAGUGUCUCUGAAAGGAGUGAGAGAGGAGAGUCUGAAGUCACUGAAGAAAAGAGGGACAGGGGCAAGACUACCCAUUGACACUAUGAGGAGAAUGGAGAAUACAUAUAAGGCAGUGACUGAUGAGUAUAUUGCUACUGUUGAAGAAUUGAUGAAAACGAAAUCAAGCAAUCUUCAAAAAUCAUGACGAUUGGAACACUUUAAUCUAUUCUUUAGUCUUACUCAUUUGUCUAAUGAUUUCAUGUUUUCAAGGAAUUAAUAUUUGUGUCAGCUAAUGUUUGUGUUCUGGCCAUAGCCUCUUUACAAAUAGAUUGGUAUUAGUACUA